GAUGUAGGUAUACAGUAUGUAUUGUAACGUUACCUGAGGUACAGAUGUAGGUAUACAGUAUUUAUUGUAACAUUACCUGGGGUUCAGAUGUAGUUAUACAGUAUUUAUUGUAACGUUACCUGAGGAACAGAUGUAGGUAUACAGCAUUUAUUCUUACAAUACCUGGGGUUCCGACGUAGGUAUACAGCAUUGGUAAUGUUACCUGGGGUACAGAAUUAAAACAAUUUAGAUAUAUCUGACCAUAAUAAUGUUUAGUGUGUAAUGGAGACUUUGCGUUCUAGGUGUUAGAAGACAAUGACUAUGGACGUGCUGUGGAUUGGUGGGGUCUGGGUGUUGUUAUGUAUGAGAUGAUGUGCGGACGUCUCCCCUUCUACAACCAAGACCACGAGAAGCUGUUUGAACUUAUAUUAAUGGAGGAGAUUCGAUUUCCACGCACUUUAUUACCUGAGGCGAAAUCUCUGCUGUCGGGUUUAUUGAAGAAAGACCCCAAGCAAAGGUUGGGCGGCGGUCCAGAUGAUGCAAAAGAAAUUAUGCAACACAAGUUUUUUUCUGGGAUCGUAUGGCAAGACGUGUAUGAGAAGAAGCUUGUACCGCCUUUUAAGCCCCAAGUUACAUCAGAGACGGACACCAGAUAUUUUGAUGAAGAAUUCACUGCGCAGAUGAUCACCAUAACGCCACCUGACCAAG